AAAACGAAUACGACAAAUAUUCCACGAACCUUAUAUUUCGGAUUUGCAGAUCACCUGCUUACCAUUACCGCUCCAACAAAUAUUUUCUCUGCAAAAUCCUGUUCUAGAGAGAGAAAACGAAGAGAGAAGAAGAAGAAAUGGGAGAAGAAGGACAAGUAAUCAGCUGUCAUACCGUUCAGGCAUGGGAAGAGCAGCUUGCCAAGGCCAAUGAAUCCAAACAGCUGAUGGUUGUUGAUUUCACUGCUUCAUGGUGUGGACCUUGCCGUUUAGUUGCACCCAUCUUAGCCGAGCUUGCUAGAAAGCUUCCCCAAGUCAUUUUUGUCAAGGUCGAUGUGGAUGAACUGAAGCAAGUUGCGAGUGAUUGGGCAAUCGAGGCAAUGCCGACAUUCAUGUUCCUCCGAGAAGGCAAGAUUGUCGACACUGUCGUGGGAGCAAAGAAGGAGGAGUUGCAGCAGACUGUUGCAAAGCAUGUUGCUAUUUCUACUGCUACUGCUUAAAUUGGUCUGAUGCCUAAUAAUGUGUUGGUUUCACUUAAAAUGUUUUAGGUAGGAAGCAAACCGACCUUAAUCAUAAAGUAGUAUUAUGCUGAUUUUACUUACCUGUGUUUAUGUGGUACCAUUAUAUACUAGUACUCUGUAAUAUGUUUGUUGCUCUUUGAACGAGAUUUGGAACUUUUGAUCUUGUUAAGUUGGAAUAUAUUUACAGAUUGUUAAUGGUUGAAAAGAAA